GACAGAACCCUAAAACUGUGCGACUCGCUGUUUCCCACCAGCCGAUUUUUGGGGCCACUCCUUUUGUGGUGAUGAGCGUUCCCACCCGGCGAAGUUGAACCACGACCAACGAUACUAACCAGCAGCAAAAGAUCGAUUGUCGGCAACCCUCGACGACCGUCUCCUUAACCGUGGCCAGGAGAUUUCGAUAGUCGAAAGACAUCAGCACCACCAAGAUGCCUACCGAGGCCGGCCACAGAUUAUACGUCAAGGGACGCCACGUGAGCUACCAGCGUGGCCGCCACUCCACCCACCCCGGCACCAGCCUGAUCAAGAUUGAGGGUGUCGACGACACCAACGCCGCCAACUUCUACCUCGGCAAGAAGGUUGCCUACGUCUACCGCGCCCACAAGGAGAUCCGCGGCACCAAGAUCCGGGUCAUCUGGGGCAAGGUCACCCGCCCUCACGGCAACUCGGGCGUCGUCCGCGCCAAGUUUACGUCCCCCCUUCCUUCCAGGUCCUUCGGCGCUUCGGUCCGCAUAAUGCUUUACCCCUCGUCCAUAUAAAACAUUUCAUUUCCGGGAGUUGUGUGGAACGGGUAUCUGGCUGCAUUGAGGGUUCGGGCAAAGGAUAUGACAAGCUUUUUCUGCGCUUGCUUUUUGACGCUUGCCCACUAGGCAAAAACAACGGAGAGGGAAAACAAAAGAACAUUCAGGGAAUUCCGGCAUUGUCGACUAUGCGGCUCUGGGAUGUGAUGCCGCCUCCGCUCGGAGAGACGGAUGGCGGCAGACUGGGGGAACUCGGCGUUUGGAGGUUUGGUUCAGGGCGGUAGCCGUCCGGCGUGCCGACAUUGCCCUGCUUUACUUACCAGGCCGAGGUCCGGUCCCUGGCGGCGUUUGAUAGCAGGAUUCAACAUGAAUGGUCAACCCUCCGAAUUCAUGAUGCGAUGACAUUUUUGUUAAGUUGCUUCCACCCCAAAUUAUGUCCUCUGGCUUUGUGUUGGGAAAUACCAGGCAGCUCGAGU